AUGUCAAACUUCGGCUGGGGUUAUCCCUUCGAGAACUACAGAAAAUCUCUCUCAAAUGCCAACGAAAAGCCUAUUAAGGAUGACCAAGCUCUGAGAACAAAGCUGAAGCAAGCCAGCAAGAAUGUCCCCAAGUAUCUCUUUCGCAUGUGGAAUGCCAAGUCAGGUGGUAGCCCCAAGCUCAAUACCACGACUGCCGUCACACCCCUCGCCUUCGCCUGCUCAAAAGGUCACAAGUCCGUUUACGACAUGACUCGCACCGAGUUCAUCGAAAACACCAUGUCACAUCUGGACGGCGAUAUCGUUCUCACUGAAUUCUCUUCCUGGUCUCACUCGCCGUACUUUGCAUUCUACUACGCUCAUCAGUGCAGGUCUUCUGGUGCGGUCCAUGUCGCUAUCAUUGACACCGAGGAACUGGCUAAGUCCAACCCAGCUUUUCACGUGCCUGCCUUGGGCAAGAUCUUGGGCAGCGGUGGAUACGACUAUGAAGAGGAGUAUCUCAUUCACGGCGUCAUCGAAGGACAGUUCUACAAAGCCGUCUCUUACGACAAACUCUGCGAGUCGGGUCUGCUCAAACACCUUCCCGCAUUGUCCACCAACAACUUUAGUCCCUUUGACGUCCGCAGCGUCCGCGUAAUCCCAGGUGAAGAAGCAGACUACACAAUCGACGAACUGCGCCAACUGAGAACCAUCGCUCUCUCCUACGGCGACACUUUCUCCCUCCCCAUGGCUAUUACCAUCAUCAAAGUGCUCGGUGGCUGGAAAGAGAUACCCCAGGACUGGUGCAGUUCCCGCAGUGUGUUCAGUAAGACUGUAUACCCGGCCAACUGGGAUGCGAAUAGACAGGUUCAGAAUCUCAUGCUCGCGCUGUAUACUCAUUGCUAUGGUAGAGGCGCUAGAGGUAAUGAGGCUAGGUAUGCUGCUAAGAAUGAGGACGCUGAGGUUGAGGAGAAGGAUAUUGUUGGAGCGAUGGCUUCGAUGAGUGUGAGUCGUGGUGAUGCUGUUGAAGCGCCUACUGCAGGCCACGCAGACGUGAAGGUUGCCAGAAAGCCCGCGCAGAAGAGAGGUAGGAAGUGA